UACCAGAACUAUGGCAUCUCUCGUUAGUUGAAAACAUUACUAGACAAAUAAAUAAAAAAUAUUCUAACAAAAUUGUGCCAAAGUUAGGUUUGUGCAUUGCUGUAUUUAACAUCGUCGAUGUAGAAGAGCAGUACUUACAUAGAGGAUAUGCAGAAUUUUUUUCUAAAGUAAAUUUUAGAAUGCUUGUUUUUCGUCCUUUUAUAAACGAAGUUCUCGUUGGUAAAGUUCGUAUGUGUAAUAGUGAGGGCGUACAAGUCACCCUUGGAUUUUUCGACGACAUUUUAAUUCCAGCUGAUUGUUUACAAAAACCAGCGCAGUUCGAUGUGGAAGAACAACUUUGGAUCUGGAAGUACCAAUCAGAAGAAGGCACGCACGACAUGUAUCUUGAUAUAAAUCAGCCAAUCAGAUUUAGAAUAAUUAAAGAAAUGUUCAACGACGUUCCGCCGCUCUCGAAGUUUUCCUCGUCCAGCGUUGGUUCCCCGUAUGUCUUGCUGGCAACUAUCGAUGAGGAAGGACUUGGAUUAACGUCUUGGUGGAGUUAAAAAUUUAAAAGUAACUUUGAAAGUUAUU